CCCAGAAUCUCCCGGUCCAUCCGACCCGGAAAACCGGCCUGAACCCGGACCCGAUCGUCGGAUCCUCUCCCCAACCUACUGGUCUGCGCUUCGCGUGGCCAGGGUUUCAGCUGCGGAGGAGAAGGAGCCAAAAAACGGGAGAGGAGAGGAGGGAGGAAGGAAGGAGGACCCCCGCAGAAGGCCGCGAAUCCUCGUCACUCAUCAUCGAGGUUCCGAAACUUUAUAUACUAAGACCAAAAAUUUGUCGGGAGUCUGACCGCAGCGACCGAAAGAGCCAGCCGACUCUGAUCGGACGGAGCUUCGGGAUCACGACCGAUUCGAGACGAGCGAAUCACCGACGUCGAGUCAAGAACAUGGUCGUCCGCGUAGAAGAAGAACGUGGGUCCCGUCCGGGUCGUCUCGGAUACCCAUCAUCGGCUUGAUUUGAACCGAGGCGAAGAAGGGGGGCGAGAGCAGCAGCCGUCGGUCUUGAUCUUUUCUUCUCUAAGAGUUGGAAAAGAAGGUAUGGCUAAGGACAGGGAUGAGCCCGGGACGGCUCCUCAGCCCGAUCGCUGGUACAAUCUGACCCUCGGGCCUUCGUUCAAGCACGAUUCUUCCAACAAGUACUGUACCCUCCGAUAUGAAUUUAAACCCGCUUCUAUCGAUAAGACGAAGAAGGGUACAAUGCAAAAGAAUAAGGAGAACCGGGUUUCUGUGGAGUUUCAAAAUAAUCAACCAGGAAAGCCCAAAGUGGCAUUUGAGGGUAGCAGCGAAGAUUACAAGGAGAAUGAUGCUGUGUUGUUCUUCGAUGGUGAGACAUUCCGAUUGGAACGACUCCAUCGAGCUGUGAAGCAGCUGCGUCACGUUCGCCUUCCUGGUGAGUCUGUGGCGGCUGCUUCUUCUGCUGCUUCUGCAGCUGUUCAUUCUGGGCCAGCAGUGGAGCCUCGGUUAUCUCCGGUGGCAAAGGUUGUAAAACCAGCACAUUCUUCUCGGAAUACAUUUCCAGCCGUUCCGGUUGAGGUGGAACGGAUUGAUAUUGGUGAGCCCCAGAAUCCAGGUCCAAAACCUGCAGCGAAGGGAGCCGCUACUCAUUCACCCUAUCUAUCAAGUGCCCCUGCUGCCUCUCCAGGCCCCAGAGAUUACGAAGCUGAGGAUAAUCAAGACAUAGACAUCGACGAACUCUUCGGCACUGGAUCGCCGGACAACGAAAACAAUGCUGAGCAAAAGGUUGAGUUUGGAUCUGGUGCCAACGAGCCACGUCACAAUGACUCAGAUGAUGAGAUUGCUGAUGUGGACGAUAGUGGCGACGAAGGGCACAAGGGCCAGAAUGCAGCAGAUGCCCUGAGAGCUCAACUCAAUGCAGAGGGCAGGGAUGGUCAGACGUCUUCGUCUGGCAGUAGCAGUGGGAGCGGAAGUGGCAGUGGGAGCAGCAGCAGCAGCGACAGUGAUGCGAGUGAUGACGACUCCGUCAACUCUGUCUGAGAGGCAUCAGGUAUCAAAUUAUAAGGCAUAAAGGAAUACAUUCACAUAAUAGCAAUAUCUCAAUAAGCCAUCCUGGUUUUUGAUGGGGUUGGAACGUGAUUUUUAUAAAUUUUUCUUUUCUGUGGUGGGAUAAGGUUUGUCUUUCCAUCAAUGCCGCCCCCUUCUCAGGCGCGUUAGCUAAAGCAUGAACUUAAAAAACAGAGAUGAUAUGACAGAACGUUCACUUGCAAGUUUUCUCGUUCUCCU